UUCAAGCCAACCCUCCGCAUAAACAUGUAAACACACCGCCACGAACAGAUCCGUUGAGAUUUAGAGCUUCAGACCCGGACCAGAUGAAAGCUACAAUCCCACGACAAUAGCAACAAAAAAAACACAAAAACGCACCCACAAUGGCACCCAAAACCUACAACUCCUCCCUCCCGCCCAUCCCAUCCUCCUCCACCUUCGACCCAGGCCGACCACACACCCACACCCACAACAACAGCAACACCCAAACCACCUCAGCCGACUGCCCCUUCUGCCACAUCUCGGCCGUCUUCCGGCCCUACAACCCCGCCAACCCACCGCCGCCAACAUCCGCCCUCCUCGACCCGGAGCUCACCUCGCCGCAAGCAUCCGCCUUCGUCGUGCUCUCGACCCCGCACCUCGUCGCCUUCCUCGACAUCAUGCCGCUCUCGACGGGGCACGUGCUGCUCUGCCCGCGCCCGCACCGGCCCAAGCUGACCGACGUGUCGCCGGCGGAAUCCGCCGAGCUCGGCCGCUACCUGCGCAUCCUGUCGGCCGCCGUCGUGCGCGCCACGGGGGUGGCGGAUUGGAAUGUCGUGCAGAAUAAUGGGGCCGCCGCCGCGCAGGUCGUGCCGCAUAUGCAUUUUCACGUCAUUCCGCGGCCGGAGCUGAGGGAUAAGCGGAGUGAGAGGUUUACGGCGACGAUGUUUGGGCGCGGGCAGAGGGAUGAGCUGGAUGAGGAGGAGGCGGCGGAGUUGGCGGGGCGGGUGAGGAGGGCGGUGGCGGAGAUUGUGUGGGCGGAUGCGGAGGGCGGGGCGAAGUUGUAGGAGGUUGGAGGGGAGAGAGGUUGUUUAUUUGGGUAGAAGUGCUUUUGGACGUUGUGUUACAUGUGUUACGGCAGCCAGGUCUGCGUUCCCAGCGGGGAUUGGGCCCGCCGGUGUCUUGUUGGUGAUGUCACAGCGCCAGUGGACUCCCUCCAGUCCCCAUUACUCGUCAUCGCCGAA